AUGAUAAGUGAAUUUGAAAAUUUGUCUCUCGGAGGAAAUAAUGCUGCCAGUAAUCAUGGAGAUCCUUUUACACAUACGGAGCUGACACCGGAGCAGCAAAAGACCUUAAUAGAUAUACGACGCCGAAAAACUGAACUACUGCUAGAAAUACAGGUAGUUGUCACGGUGCCAAAGACGGUGGCGCACGCGGCUCUCUUCAGUCGAGUGCGUUCCUUAGCGGGAAGUGUAUGGCGCGCGAUGUGUUUACAUUUUCGGCUGCUGUGCGGGGCGCUCUGGUGGCCGGUGCUGAUGCGCUGCGCUCGCGCAGCACGCUCCUAUGACGACGAUUACGACCAGGCCGUGCCCGUGGCCGCCGAAGAGGAGCGCCGUGGUUCAGUGUCUAAUUGGUUCUCGUCUUUGAGACGGGGCGGUCGUCGUAAGCGUGAAGACAGCGCCGUGCCGACUGUCACUGUCGGUUACGGUUCAUUAGGCAGGCGGAAGGAUGGCGGUCAGGCACGCGGGAAGACGAGAUCGGCAUGGGAUCUCACCACCGUCACCAGGCUGCAACUUAAAGAUGAGCUCGGCGAGGUGGUUGCCGAACUGGAAGCCCUCGAUGGACAGGAGGAGUGCAAACAGAACAGCAAAGCCAAACAGAUGAGCAUAGGGAGGAAGAAAUUUAAUAUGGACCCUAAGAAAGGAAUCGAAUAUUUGUACGAGAAUGGUUUAUUACAAAGGACAGCUGAGGACGUGGCACAGUUUCUUCAUAAGGGCGAGGGAUUGAGUAAAACGGCUAUAGGGGACUAUCUUGGGGAGAGAUCGGACUUCAACGAGGCUGUGCUCAGAGCUUUCGUGGAACUUCACGACUUCACGGACCUCAUACUAGUUCAGGCUUUGAGACAAUUUCUAUGGUCUUUCCGUCUACCGGGCGAGGCUCAGAAGAUAGAUCGUAUGAUGGAAUCAUUCGCCCAGCGUUACUGUCAGCUCAACCCCGAUAUAUUCACGAACGCCGACACGUGCUACGUCCUCAGCUUCGCCAUCAUAAUGUUGAACACGUCGCUACAUAACCCCAGCGUGAAAGAUAAACCGUCGCCUGAACAGUUCGUAGCUAUGAACAGGGGCAUCAAUAAUGGAGGGGAUUUACCGCAGGAACUGCUCUUGUCUCUAUACGAGUCUAUAAAGACGGAGCCGUUCAAGAUACCAGAGGACGACGGUAACGAUCUGAUGCAUACCUUCUUCAACCCGGACAAGGAGGGGUGGCUGUGGAAACAGGGCGGAAGGUAUAAAUCAUGGAAGAGGCGAUGGUUCAUAUUAAACGACAACUGCUUGUACUACUUCGAGUAUACCACCGAUAAGGAGCCGCGGGGGAUCAUACCGCUGGAGAACAUAUCGGUCCGUGCAGCGAGUGACCGGCAGCGUCCUCACUGCCUGGAGCUGUACGCUAGUGGUGGCGCCGACCUCAUCAAGGCUUGUAAGACUGACUCUGAAGGAAAAGUUGUGGAAGGGAAACAUACUGUAUACCGAAUGUCAGCGGCCACGGCUGAGGAGCGCGACGAAUGGAUAGAAUGCCUCAGACGGUCCAUCAGUCACAACCCGUUCUACGACAUGCUGGCACAGAGGAAGAAAAAGGCACAACACAACCUACACUCCGGAUCACACUAG